AUGGACCAGUUGAAGUGCAAGGUGGAGUCCUACAACGCAACUCCAACAACAGUGAGCCCCAAUCCAUUGGAGCUGCUGGCACACGCCAGCACAUCCCCCACCACAGCAAAGGAGCUUCAGCUCCAGGUGGCACUGUCCACUGCAAUGGACCAGCUGAAGAGGGUCAUGGGCACAGCCUGCCGUGGGUCCAAAGACCUCCCCGAGCUGGCUGACGCCAUCUCCAGCUUCGCCCAAGUCUACAACGCAGCCAACCACCUGCCCCACUUCCCCCCGGCCCAGCGCGACCGGCUGGUCACCGCUGCAGAGUGGGUGAUCAAGUCAGGCGACCCGUCACACGAGGGCGCGAGUGUGGUGUGGGCCGGGCUCCACUUCUACGAGGGCUGGGCGUUGGCCUACCUCCAGCAGUGCUUCCCCAAGUCACCAUUCUUUUUCAGGGUGGAGAGGCUUGCCCUCUACAACCUGCCAAAGAGGCUCAGCAAAGCAAUCACCAUUGGCCAACAAAUCACCAUCACCAAUCCCUACAUGCGCAUGGCCAAGGACAGUAAGCCCAUGAUUCAUGUGGACAACCCCAUGAGCAUCCAACUCCUUGAGAAGGUCUCCAUCUGCCAUUUCUGCUCCAAGCAGGUGUUGUGCUGUGGCAAGUGUCGACCUUCGCAGUGCCCUCUACUGCAGGUCAGCGACUGGAAAGAGCUCAACCACAAGGCGGUCUGCUUCGCGGAGUAA